CUGAGUGAAAGCAGCUUGAUUUAAAUGACUACCCCAAACAAGACACCACCUGGUGCUGAUCCAAAGCAACUAGAGAGGACUGGUACUGUUAGAGAAAUAGGCUCACAAGCAGUUUGGUCUCUUUCAUCCUGUAAGCCAGGAUUUGGAGUGGAUCAGUUACGAGAUGAUAAUCUAGAAACUUAUUGGCAGUCAGAUGGGUCACAGCCUCAUUUGGUGAACAUCCAAUUUAGAAGAAAAACAACAGUGAAGACAUUAUGUAUUUAUGCAGACUACAAAUCUGAUGAAAGUUACACUCCGAGCAAAAUCUCUGUCAGAGUAGGAAAUAAUUUUCAUAAUCUCCAGGAAAUUCGGCAACUUGAAUUAGUGGAACCAAGCGGCUGGAUUCAUGUUCCUUUAACAGAUACUCAUAAGAAGCCCAUUCGCACAUUUAUGAUUCAGAUUGCAGUUCUAGCUAACCACCAAAAUGGAAGAGACACUCACAUGAGACAAAUCAAAGUGUACACCCCGGUGGAAGAGAGCUCUAUUGGUAAAUUUCCUAGAUGUACAACAAUUGAUUUCAUGAUGUAUCGCUCUAUAAGAUAA